AUGCUCGAGAAGGCGUGGUGCUGCGGCCCUCCGUACGAGGACAUCGCCUUCAAGAUCGUCAACCAGGAGUGGGAGACCAACCACAAGCGCGGCUUCCGCUGCCGCUUCGAGCGGGGCAUCCUGCAGCUCUACUUCAACUUCAAGCGCCACCGCUACCGCCGCUGA